UACCUGUGCGAGCUCGGGUCCAACCGCCGCCGCGACGAGCUUGUUGCGGGUCGGUGCGUGAGCCUCACCGGACAGAGAGGGGCUAGGCGGCCCUAGCGGUGGGAAGAGGCGGUGAGACCCCUCCGGCGCGCAGGGAGCCGCCGCCGCCGUGCCUCCUGCCAGGCGGGUUUGACGUUCACUGUUGUUGCUGGAAGUGGCGUCACCGGGGAGGGACGCGCUGGAAGCGGAAGCGGCCGUUGUGCCGCGCGGCGGCAGAUUCGGGUGUCUGGAGCAGGCGAGCGGCUCCGGCCGCGGAAAGCGUCGGGGACAGUAUUAUAAUAUAAUUACCUCGUAAUCUGAAAGAGCAGUGUUUGGAAGAAUGACAACGGGAGACCUAAAAGGAAGUUUAAGAAAAAUAGAACAAGGACUUCGCAUGUUAAAUUAUCCAAGAGAUGUGGAUUAUACAGUGUUAGUGAAGGGUGAUCCAGCUGCAUUUUUACCCAUAAUUAGCUAUUCCUUUACAUCGUUCUCAACUUACGUAGCAGAACUUCUGGUGAAAUGUGAUGUGGAACUUACAGCAAAGAGUGACUUGCGCUUUAUUGAAGCUAUUUAUAAGCUUCUCCGAGAUCAAUUUCACUAUAAACCAAUCCUAACAAAAGAGCAGUUUCUUCAGUUUGGUUUUGCAGAAAGAAAAAUGCAGAUUGUUUGUGACAUUAUCAACUGCGUGGUGAAAAAACAUAAGGAAUUAAGUAACCUGAAUAAGGUUAAAUCCCAAGCAAGAAAGAAAUUCAGACCUUCAAAACGUGAAAUAUGGUCAAACUGUGGUGAUGUUCUUGUUGAUCUCAGUGGCAGCACUCUGAAUUCCAAACAGCAUGCUCAAAAGGUGCCUCUUGUAGAACGACACUCAGGAGAUGAAGUUAGGGAUGACCUUCCUCUUGCACCUAUUAAUCCAACACCUCUUAAUCCACCAUCUCUUCCAGAAGAGGGAGGUAAUGAAGGAGAGUUGUACUUAGAUGAUGAUGUUGUGGAAGAACAAGUCAUAGAGGACAAUUCUCAGAUGGAGUUUCUAAGGAGUCAACUUGCUGAUUGCCAGGAAAAGCUUCAUAAGCUGGACUGGAUGGAAGAUAAAUUACGUGUUUUGGAAGAGAAACUGAAAGGGAAGGUGAUUAUAGAUGAGAAGGACUGGAAUAAUUUGUUGAGCAGAGUUUUGCUUCUUGAAACAGAACUGUUGCUGCAGUCCAAAAAGAGAGACUUAUCUGCAGAGUUCAACAGUGUAAGUCAAGAUGAUACUUCCAGUAUAAUUCCAGUCUCUCCUGAUGCAGAAAAGAAGGAGGAGAUGAUGGAGUGUCCUCGUCGGUCAUCUGGAUACAGUUCAUCAUUAUCCACAGUCUCAUCUCCCAAUGCCAUGAUAAUUAAUUCUCAUUAUCUGACAGAGAUUUCAAAGGAGACAACAAGACAAAGAAUGGAAAGGAUAAGUAAAAUACAUUUUGUGUGCAAACCAAUUGCAGAGGAAGAGGGGCAUGAGAGAUACGUAGUUUAUUGCUGGAUAUUAGUAUUGUGGAUCCAUUUGAAGGUAAAUAAUUAUUUGCCUUUUUGUGUAUUUUAAUAAGUAUUUGUGACUCUGUAAACAAUUUAUUUUCAGCAUUGAAGAAACCUCAGAAUUGUUGAAAACCUCAAGUAACACCUCUGAAAAGGCCUGAAAGAGCGGCUCUUCAGGCCUGUUCCCUGUAGAUGUAUGGAUAUAAAAAGUAAUAUGUAUGUUUGUACAACAUUAAAUUUUUAAUAUUUCAAA